UCGAUGUCAUGAGUCUCUAUUAUCUUAUCAGAGAAAUAGCGGCAAAAGCGUUCCGAGUACAAAAGGGUUUAAGCCAAAAUUCGUGAUCCAAUUUAUUUCCAUAGCAACACGAGAAUUUCAUUAUUCAGCUUCACUCUCACCACACACUCUCUCGAUUUCGAUUUCACAAUCGCAUUCGCUCUCGCACAUCGCAACCUCAUCGAUAAUCAAUUCAAGUGUAGAAGGAUUUGUUGAGAUGAAGAGACGAUUCGCUGAUUUAGAUGAUGAAUCCGAGACUGAGUAUCAGUCUCUGCUUGUAUCGAAUUAUCAUCUUGAAGAUGACGAUGAUGAGCCUGUAUCUUUUUCUGUUUUGCCGCUUAAAUGGAGAGAUUCCGAGGUUUCGAAUGUUGAUGAUGGCAGCAGAGGGAAGAUAUUCCUGCAUGGAACUUCAGAUAGUGGAUUGCAGAAGAUUUUCAUGCAGGUUACUGCUUGGAAGUUUGAUCUUUCUGGUUUAAAGCCUGAGGUGUUGUUGCUGUCGAAGGAUAGGAGGUGGAUUAAGCUUCAGAAGCCGCGGAAAAGCUUUCAGGAUACUGUUAAAACUGUUAUAAUUACGCUUUACUUUCUUCAUUGUGUUAAGAGGAAACCUCGAUUAUCUACUGAUUCUUUUUGGAGUAACUUGUGUAAGGAUAGAGAUUUGAGCUCUUAUGGGUUUAAACCUUCACACAAGGAUUUACUGGAUCAUAUGCCUUUGAUUGGUGAAGCUACCAGAAGAGAUGUUUUCCUUGCUCGGUCUAAGCUUUUGCGCACAGUUUUAGGGGACAAGCCAGAGUAUGAAAAACUAUCUUAUGAGGAAUCUGAAGAUAGUGACAAUGACAUCAUCGAAGAAACUGAUGAAGACUCAAAAGUAGAGGAUGAUUUGUUUGAUUCCGUUUGUGCAAUGUGUGACAAUGGUGGUGAUCUUAUAAUGUGUGAUGGAGCAUGCAUGAGGUCUUUUCAUGCUACUAAGGCGGAUGGUAGGGAAUCUAUGUGUGAUUCUCUUGGAUUUACAAAGAAGCAAGUUGAUGAUAUUGAGACAUUUUAUUGUAAAAAUUGUGAAUAUCGUCAGCAUCAAUGCUUUGCAUGUGGCAAGCUGGGUUCGUCUGAUAAAGAUAAGGGUGCCGAGGUCUUUAAAUGUGCUUCUGAAACAUGUGACCGUUUCUACCAUCCACAUUGUGUCGCAAAGUUACUUCCUCCUGAGAAACAUUUUGCCGAGGGGAAACCCUUUACAUGUCCAAUUCAUUUUUGUUGUGUCUGUAAAGGAUUGGAGAAUAAGAUGGAACAUGAGUUGCAAUUUGGAGUUUGUAACCGAUGUCCAAAGUCAUAUCAUCGCAAAUGUUUGCCGAUAGGGAUUGCUUUUGACAUCGAUGGUGUUGAAACAAGGGCUUGGGAAGGUCUUUUGCCACACAAUCGCAUUCUUAUAUAUUGCUUAAAUCACGAGAUCAUUGAUAAGCUUGGGACUCCUGUAAGAGAUCAUGUAAAAUUCCCCGACAUUGGAGCUAGUGUUCUGGAAAAUAAUAUUUCUAAUAAGAGAAUGAAGCCUACAACUAAAGAGAGAGUUAUAUUUGAGAACAAUGUUGACAUUGUUAAAUCAUCUGGGAAGAGCACUGCAAAUCACGAGAUCAAUGAUAAGCUUGACACUCAUGUAAAGGAUCAUAUAAAAUUCCCCAACACUAAAGCUAGCGUUCGGGAAAUUAAUACUUCUAAUAAGAGGAUGAAGCCUACAACUAAAGAGAGAUUGGAGAACAAUGUUGGUUUUGUUAAAUCAUAUGGGAAGAGCACUGCAAAUCAUGAGAUCAAUGAGAAGCUUGGGACUCCUGUAAAAGAUCAUAUAAAACUCCCUGAUGCUAAAGCUAGUGUUCGGGAAAUUAACACUUCUAGUACGAGGUUGAAGCCUACAACUAAAGAGAGAGUUAUAUUGGAAAACAAUACUGGCUUUGUUAAAUCAUCUGGGAGGAGCACUGCAGCAGGAUCUAAAGUAACUAAGAAGACAGUUACAUUGGAGAACCAUGUUGGUUUUGAUGAAUCAUCUCGGAUGAGCACUGCAGCAGGAUCUAAAGUAAAUAAAGAGACCGUGUUGGCUUUGAUAAAUGUUGGCUUUGAUAAAUCAUCUGGGAAGAGCACCACAGCAGGGUCUAAAGCAUCUAAAGAAAGAGUUGCAUUGGAGAACAAUGUAGGCUUUGAUAAAUCAUCUGGGAAGAGCACUGCUGCAGGAUCUAAAGUAACUAAAAUGACAGCUACAUUGGAUAACAAUGUUGGCUUUGAUAAAUCAUCUGAGAAGAGCACCGCAGCAGGGUGUAAAGCAUCUAAAGAAAGAGUUGCAUUGGAGAACAAAGUCGGCUUUGAUAAAUCAUCUGGGAAGAGCACUGCUGCAGGAUCUAAAGUAACUAAAAUGACAGCUACAUUGGAGAACAAUAUUGGCUUUGAUAAAUUGUCUGAGAAGAGCACCACAGCAGGGUGUAAAGCAUCUAAAGAAAGAGUUGCAUUGGAGAACAAUGUCGGCUUUGAUAAAUCAUCUGGGAAGAGCACUGUUGCAGGAUUUAAAGUGACUGGAAAACUGCCUUCAAAUAAUCACACAUCAAAUGAAACAUCCAGAAGGGUUUUGACUGAAAAUAAGAAAUCAGUCUCAAACCUAACUGGUCAGAAAUUGAAUGCUUCUAUGAGUAAAGGUUUUAAACCAACCCAGCAUGACAAUCAGGUCGAUGAUGCAGACAAUGAAACCCUGUCGAUCAAACCUAUAAGAACUACAUUGCCUCCAGCUCCUGUGAGUAAAGGUUUAAAACAAAGCAAGCAGCUUGAUGAUGCAGAUAAUCAGACCCUGUCAAUCAAGCCUAUUAGAAGUGUAUUGUCUCCACUGGAUGCGGAUUCAGAGAAAGGUUUGGUGGAUUCAUUUAAAGAAGCCAGAUCCUCAAUAUUAUUGGAGGGUAUGGUAGGAAAGCAAAAGUUGGGAGAUGUUGAGGACAAGCUGGUGCUGAAUCAUGAUCUCCCAGAGUCAACUGAUGUUCAAGAAGAAGAAGCAUGCGUAAAUGAAAGUCAGAAAAGAAGUUCACGGCAUGGUAGUCUUGAAGAGGAGAGUGAUAAGAAACAUGAGUUUAAGAUUAGCCAGUCUUGGAAGACAUCUGGGAAGAGAACACAAGUUAAGAAAAAUGAUAGAAGAGGACUGGGUGUGGCCUCACAAUUGUUUAAAGGAAAAGGGGCGGUCUCAAAAGCCAAAACCAUAACACGGCUUGUAAAAGAAGUGUCUAGCCAUCAGAGGAAAACUCGUAGUGAGACUAAAAGUUUCCAGACUCCUGAUCGUGUUGUGCCGGCAGGUUUUGCAGCUGGUCCUAAUUAUGAAUAUUCACUCCACCAUUCAGCAGGUUGGCUUGAUGAGUAGGUUUAACAUGUCAUACAAUGUAUGGUUUAGACUUGAGGAGUUUUGAUAUAUAUGUAUUGUACAUAGAGAUUUCGGAUUUUAGUGAGAUAAGUUAUUUCUUUGGCAUCAUUGAUCUGUUCAUUUUGAAUAAAAAAAUUGAGCUAAGAUCUUUCUUAGGAUCAAUUAACACUAAGUUGUCAUGGCACCAA